AUGGGAUCGUAUGUUCUUGGUGAUGACAAGGUACACAGAGAAGAUGAAACCAGGAUCAGUAAAAAUGCUUGGUUGUACGAUACUAAUCCAGUUGUUAGUCGAUUAUCCAGACGUAUUAGUUUGUUAACGGGAUUCAAGACUGAAGUGCGUCCAUACAAUACAUAUGCCGAAGCCUUUCAGGUGGUGAACUAUGGUUUGGGAGGUUUAUAUGGUCCUCAUCUAGACUGUUUGUCUAAGAAUGGUGAUACAGAGUCGGAGUAUUCCCAGUUCAAAGAUUCUGGUGAAAGAGUGGCAACAUGGAUGUUUUAUCUAAGUGAUGUCGAGUUUGGUGGAGCGACAGUUUUUCCACGUGCCAAAGCCAGAAUUCCGGCAAGAAAGGGUACAGCAGCAUUUUGGUUCAAUACUUUCCGUAAUGGUCUUCCAGAUUCUAGAACGCUACAUGCCGGAUGUCCUGUCGUGUUGGGUGAUAAGUGGGUGGCCAAUAAAUGGUUAAGGAGUAUCGGGCAAACUUUCAUCAGACCGUGUGCAUUGGAUAAAAAUCUAUAAUUUACCAUUUACUAACUGGAUAAUGGCCUCUACUCUUGAACGGGUUAACGUGAACGAGGAUAUCUUAAGUAACUACACGUACUUUUCCAGAACAACCUCUUGCUUUCAAUCACCUUGUCAAGAUUUUAGGGACGUUCCGAAAUCCAUAUAGGUUGGACAGGAAAUGGGAAUAGGUAAACAGAAUCUUCUUCCCAAUCUAAAAUAUUUAUGUAAGUUAAAGCUGAUUCUAAACGAUUGCUAGCAACUGGCGGUAUCUUGCAAAAUCUGAUCAAUUACUGCAUUAAGGCGAUCGCCCCGACGACUGCAGUUUUCAUGUACGUUAAUUUAGUGUAAGCGUAAGUAUGUGUAUAUGUACGCGCGUAAGUUGUAGUUGCUACUAGUCGGUUAAAUAUAGCUCACUUACAAGAUGUUGUGUUCAUCUCCGGUGGAACUGGGCUCUCGUCUAUUCAGGAGUAUUCUGGUGUUUUGAAUUAAACAGUAAGGUGUCAGUAUUCAAUCAACUGUGAUAUAUAUAUUUAUAAUCAACAUACAUGUAUAAUGAAAUCAAAUGAACAUUAAUCAAAAUAAAUGUUUACCAA